AUGGAGGAGACGAAGCAAGCAUUGAUAGCGUCGUUGCCUGAGGCACCAAAAAAACCAAAGUCGAAAGUACAGAGAGUGGCGAGGAAUGCAUUCAAAGGAACAGCUCAUCUGUCAAAUUUGCUCCCGACCGGUUCGGUGAUGGGUUUUCAAAUAAUGUGUCCGGUCCUAACCCAUCAAGGUCAGUGUCCAACCAUUACCAGUCGCUGGCUCACCUGCUUCCUCGUCUUCGUCUGCGCCAUCUCUUGCUUCCUCCUCUCCUUCACCGACUCCUUCAGAGACCCACGCGGCAAGGUAAGGUACGGAUUGGCGACGCCGAGUGGGUUAUGUGUGAUGGAUGGAACGAUUACUCUGACGGAGGAGGAGAAGGAAAAAUAUAAGCUCAGGUUUCUUGAUUUCGUGCACGCAACCAUGUCAAUGCUCGUCUUCUUCGCAAUCUCCAUGUUCGAUCAGAACGUGAUACGUUGUUUAUUCCCGGUUCCUUCAGAGGAAACUAAGGAGCUCCUUUCCAGUUUGCCCUUUAUCAUCGGCGUUGUUUGCGGCGGCUUCUUUCUCGCGUUCCCCACUCGCCGUCACGGCAUUGGAUCUCCCCUCACAAAGGAAUAA